AUGGAGGGCUCCUCUGAACCCGCCGUAUCAGAGCCCCAAGCCUAUACCCAAGCCUCCAUGCCACCCCCAAAUGAAGAGAACGUCCGUCAUGAAGCUGGCUCCACACAGCCCACCGAGGAGACCCAGCAUGCUACCGAAGCUCCCAUCAAUUUGAUGUCCACCGCUAGUUCGACCGCCAGCUCGUCCCUGAACAGCGCCGAUGGCCGAUGGGGUGAACAGGAGAUGGGCAAGCCCGUCUCCCGUAGCGGCGCCAUGGAGGAGAUCGAGGGGAUGCGCCGUGAACUCACUCGUCUCAGUCUGCAGCGCACCCGCUCGACUACUGCCAAGGGCAUGGGCCGCCUCAAGUCCCGCACUAGUCGCCUCGACGAGGAAGAGGCCGAGGGCGAAGCUGACUUUGACCUGGGUGAAUUUCUGAUCGGUGGUACCUUGGAACGCCGUACGACUGCUGGUGAGCCCGCGAAGAAGGUCGGCGUCGUCUUCAAGAACCUCACCGUCAAGGGUGUGGAGACUGGCGCUUCCUUUGUGCGCACUCUUCCCCAGGCCGUGGUCGGCACCUUCGGUCCGGAUCUAUAUAAUCUCGUUUGCCGAUUUGUGCCGCAGCUGCGGUUCGGGAAGCAGCCUCCUGUUCGCGACCUCAUUCAUGAUUUCAGUGGCACUGUCCGUGAGGGUGAGAUGAUGCUUGUGCUCGGCCGUCCCGGUGCUGGUUGUACUACUUUCCUCAAGGCUAUUGCGAAUGACCGUGGUGCUUUUGCUGGUGUUGAGGGCGAGGUCAGCUAUGGUGGACUUUCCGCCGAGGAGCAAAACAAGUACUUCCGUGGAGAAGUCAACUACAACCCAGAAGACGAUCAGCACUUCCCCUCACUCACUGUUUGGCAGACCCUCAAGUUCUCCCUCAUCAACAAGACCCGCAAGCAUGAUCGUGAGAGUAUCCCCGUGAUCAUCGACGCCCUGCUGAAGAUGUUCGGUAUCAGCCACACCAAGAACACCCUCGUCGGCAACGAGUAUGUUCGCGGUGUCUCCGGUGGUGAGCGCAAGCGAGUCAGUAUCGCCGAAGUCCUCAGCACCAAGUCAUCUGUCGUCUGCUGGGACAAUUCAACUCGUGGCCUGGACGCCAGCACCGCAUUGGACUACGCCAAGUCCCUGCGCAUCAUGACCGACAUCAGCAAGCGCACCACCCUUGUCACCCUCUACCAAGCUGGAGAGAGCAUCUACGAGCUCAUGGACAAGGUGAUGGUCAUCGAUGAGGGCCGCAUGCUCUACCAAGGCCCCGCCAACGAAGCACGCCAAUACUUCAUCGAUCUCGGCUUCCACUGUCCCAACCAAUCCACCACAGCCGACUUCCUCACUUCGCUCUGUGAUCCCAAUGCCCGCGAGUUCCAGCCCGGCCGUGAAGCCUCCACCCCCAAGACCGCCGCGGAACUCGAGGCCGUCUUCAAGAACUCCCAGGCCCACAAGCGUAUCUUCGAGGAUGUCUGCAGCUACGAGAAGCGCCUCCAGGACACCGAACAAGAAGACACCCGCCGUUUCCAGUCCAUGGUCGCGCAGUCCAAGUCCAAGACUGUUUCCAAGAAGUCGCCUUACACCGUCUCCCUCGUGCGCCAGGUCAUGGCCUGCGUGCAGCGCGAGUUCUGGCUCCUCUGGGGCGACAAGACCUCCCUCUACACCAAGUACUUCAUCAUCGUCUCCAACGGCCUUAUCGUUUCGUCUCUCUUCUACGGAGAAUCCAUGGAUACCAGCGGCGCCUUCUCGCGUGGCGGUGCUCUGUUCUUCUCGAUUCUGUUCCUCGGCUGGCUGCAACUGACCGAGCUGAUGCCUGCUGUCACUGGGCGGGCUAUCGUUGCUCGUCACAAGGAUUACGCUUUCUACCGUCCCUCUGCUGUCUCAAUUGCCCGUGUUGUCGUUGACUUCCCUGCUAUCUUCUGUAUGGUUGUUCCGUUCACGAUCAUUGUCUACUUCAUGUCUGGUCUUGAUGUUUCGGCAUCCAAGUUCUUCAUCUACUUCCUCUUCGUCUACACGACCACUUUCAGCAUCACCUCGCUCUAUCGCAUGUUCGCCGCGCUCUCGCCGACCAUCGAUGACGCAGUGCGGUUCAGUGGUAUUGCGUUGAACUUGCUCAUUCUCUACGUCGGUUAUGUCAUUCCCAAGCAGACUCUAAUUUCGGACUCCAUCUGGUUCGGAUGGCUGCUCUAUGUCAACCCGAUCUCUUACAGUUACGAGGCAGUCUUGUCAAACGAGUUCUCCGACCGCGUGAUGGAGUGCAGUCCUUCCCAGCUUGUCCCCCAAGGUCCUGGGGUUGAUCCGAAAUUCCAGGGCUGUGCUCUGACUGGAUCGACCUUGGGCGAGUCUUCGCUUCCUGGCGCGCAGUAUUUGACUGCCAACUUCCAGUUCACGCGCAGCCACCUCUGGCGUAACUUUGGUGUCGUCAUUGCUUUCACCGUGCUCUACAUCCUCGUGACGGUCUUGGCUUCGGAGAUCCUCUCCUUCGUCGGCGGUGGCGGCGGUGCCCUGGUCUUCAAGAAGUCCAAGCGCGCUAAGCAGGUCGCUGCACAGACUACCGAUGCCAACGACGAGGAAAAGGUCAUCGACGCAAACGACAGUGCCGCUCUUGCCCGUGGCAAGGGCUCUUCCGGUGACGAGGGCGCUUUCAACCGUCUCUCCUCAAGCGAGCGCUGCUUCACCUGGCAGAAUGUUGAAUACACUGUCCCCUACGGCCACGGAACACGCAAGCUACUCAACAAUGUCAGCGGAUUCGCCAAGCCUGGCGUCAUGAUUGCUCUGAUGGGUGCCUCUGGUGCUGGAAAGACUACCCUGCUCAACACUCUGGCCCAGCGCCAGAAGAUGGGCGUUGUGUCCGGUGACAUGCUCGUCGAUGGCCACAAGCUGGGUGCCGAGUUCCAGCGUGGCACCGGUUUCUGUGAACAAAUGGAUCUGCACGACAAUACCGCGACCAUCCGUGAGGCCUUCGAGUUCUCGGCCAUUCUCCGCCAGCCUCGUGACGUCUCCCGCCAGGAGAAGAUCGACUAUGUCAACCGCAUCAUUGAGCUUCUCGAACUCGAGGACAUCCAGGACGCAAUCAUCGGCUCUCUCAACGUCGAGCAGAAGAAGCGCGUCACCAUCGGUGUCGAACUCGCCGCCAAGCCCAGUCUCCUCCUCUUCCUGGACGAGCCUACCUCCGGUCUCGACAGCCAAGCCGCCUUCUCAAUCGUCCGCUUCCUCAAGAAGCUCUCCCAAGCCGGCCAGGCCAUCGUCUGCACAAUCCACCAGCCCUCCUCCAUGCUCAUCCAGCAAUUCGACAUGAUCCUCGCCCUCAAUCCAGGCGGCAACACCUUCUACUUCGGCCCGGUUGGCAAGGACGGCUCCGACGUGAUCAAAUACUUCGGUGACCGCGGCUUCGUCUGCCCACCCUCCAAGAACGUCGCCGAAUUCAUCCUCGAGACAGCCGCCAAAGCAACGCACCGCAACGGCAAACAAGUCGACUGGAACGAGGAAUGGCGCAACUCUGAGCAAAACCGCGAAAUGCUCGCCGAAAUCGACCGCAUCCGCGAAGAGCGCUCCAAAGUCCCCAUCGAAACCUCUGUCUCUGCCGGCUAUGAAUUCGCAGCCCCAACAUCCACCCAAACCCUCCAGCUCACCAAACGUCUCUUCCGGAACUACUGGCGCGAUCCUUCUUACUACUACGGUAAACUCUUCGUCUCGGUCAUCAUCGGCAUCUUCAACGGCUUCACCUUCUACAUGCUCCCCAACACAGUCGCAUCGAUGCAAAACCGCAUGUUCUCUGUCUUCCUCAUCAUCCUCAUCCCACCCAUCGUCCUCAACUCCAUCGUUCCCAAAUUCUACAUCAACCGCGCUCUCUGGGAAGCUAGAGAAUACCCCUCCCGCAUCUACGGCUGGGUCGCCUUCUGCACUGCUAACGUCGUCUGCGAAAUCCCCGCCGCCAUCAUCUCGGGUCUCAUCUACUGGCUGCUCUGGUACUACCCCGUCGGAUUCCCAACAGACUCCGCUACUGCCGGCUACGUCUUCCUCAUGUCCAUGCUCUUCUUCCUCUUCCAGGCUUCCUGGGGUCAGUGGAUCUGCGCUUUCGCGCCUUCCUUCACGGUCAUCUCCAACGUCCUGCCUUUCUUCUUCGUCAUGGUCAAUCUGUUCAACGGUAUCGUCCGUCCGUACGCUGAUUACCCUGUCUUCUGGAAGUACUGGAUGUACUACGUCAACCCAGUGACUUGGUGGUUGCGCGGCGUGCUCUCGGCUGUCCUGCCUCAGGUGCAGAUUUCUUGUACGGAGCUGGAAGCUACGCAUUUCAAUCCCCCGCCUGGUCAGACUUGUGCGGCUUAUGCUGGGGACUUUGUUAGUUCUGUUGCGAAGGCCGGGUAUCUGGUUAAUCCGAGGGCGACCGAGGAUUGUCAGUACUGUCCGUAUACCAAUGGCGAGCAGUAUAUGGCCAACUUGAAUGUUCAUGUUGGUGAUAAGUGGAGGUGCUUUGGCAUUUUCUUGGCCUUUGUUAUCAUUAACUGGGCUUUGGUUUACUUCUUCAUUUACACUGUUCGUGUUAGGGGUUGGAGCUUUGGUAUGGGUUCGCUGUUUGGUGCUGCGGGCUUGAUGAUUGAUCGUGUCAAGGGGUUGUUCAAGGGGAAGAAGAGUGAGAGUGAUUAG